GGGCGGGGUUAGGCUAAUGAGGGAUCUGCUGAAGGUUCCACACGCGACUGGGAUCUGGAGAUUGUUGUAAUAGUGUUAGAGAGUGUGUAACAUGGAGAGGGAUACAGUGUAUCAGAAACAGGGUACAAUGUAACAGAGAGGGAUAUAGUCUAACUGAGUGGAUAUGUUGUAGCAGAUAUUGGUUACAGUGUAAUUCUACUUCAGUAAGGAGAAAAUAGUCAUUGUAAAUAUGGGUGACUUUAUUUACCAGGAACUUUGAUCUUGUGAAAUUGCAGUUUCUUUCUUUCUUUCUUUCUUUCUUUCUCUCCCACACACCCUCUCACUCCUAUUUCAGCCUUCCCGGUACUUUUCAGCCUUCAUUCGCAUCCUGUUGCUUCUCUCUCUCUCUCUCUCUGAUGGAUCCAGCGUCUCCGUGUCUGAGCCGGGGCUCGGUUCCAGGCGCUGCCUGCCCGCUGUCUGCGGGUGGCGGUAGGGAUCAGGGAUCCUCUCCGCUGGCCUCCCGCUGCUGCUCUUCCUCGCAGCCUCCGGAGCUGAAACGCCAAGCGGUGAAGAGGCACCACCACAAACACAACCUGAGACACCGCUACGAGUUCCGGGAAACCCUGGGGAAAGGCACUUACGGCAAAGUGAAGAAAGCAGUCGACAGAUCCGGCCGAGUGGUGGCCAUUAAGUCGAUUCGCAAAGACAAAAUCAAAGAUGAGCAGGAUCUUGUCCAUAUCCGACGAGAGAUUGAGAUCAUGUCAUCGCUCAACCACCCACACAUCAUCAAUAUAUACGAAG